UGAACGAAUACAACAGAACAAGGGUGUCCUGGGACGCUUUUUUAACAGUUGGAUGUUCUUUUUAACUUGACACUUCGUCUAAAAAACGCGAGACGCGGCGCAACGGUCAAAGACGCCUGUUUACACAAACGCAAAAAACGCAUUUGUUGUGAACGGCCCCUUAAGUGUUUGGCUUUUGUUGUCCUAAUUUGCUCUAAUUGUUGCAGCGGAUGUCUUGCCUUCUCGUAAAUCAACAAAAGCUUUAAGAGUAUCCCUGCAUCACCCGGCUGUCCCCCGGAGAAACGGUCCGCGUAAACAAGAGAGGCAACGAAUCUCCGCGCAACCGUGUGGCAGCAGCAGCAGCUCUCGUGUUGUGAUUGCUGGUAACUGGCGUGCGCGACACAUCCAUGCGCCUCAGACAUAACAGAACAACGACAAGUUGUGGCACCGCUUGAAGCUGAGAGAAUAUUCAGAGCUUAAUAAGUAAAAAUGAAUUUCACAGUAGCUUAAUACAUCAAUGAGUUUGUAUUUGAUUGACACGUUUAAGGGCCUUCUGUAAGUGAUGGAUAGAAAAGGGAACAUGCGGCGCGCCACUUCAGCUGGAUACCGUUUACCAGACCGACCAAACGGUCCUGUUGCCUCGCAGUCCUCCGUCUCAGUGUUCAGGCAUUCAGCGAGCAGGACACGAAACACCGAGAUACAGGCACAAGACGAUGACACCCGAGACCCAGUAAAACAGGACCAGGUUUGGAGAGAGUUUGUGCGCGCUGAGCGAACCGGAGUGAAGGAAUGGGAGAAGAACUGGAGUUUCCUAAAGAACUUUGACCAGCUGGGUCAUCCACGAACAGAAAAUCCUCUCCCCAGCUCCACGUCUUUGCAUUCAGAUAGAGUCCCAAACACUACUAACCAAAUGUUCGGCAGUGGUUUGUACACUGAGCUGGGCAAGGAGCUGAUUCGCAUGGACAAUCUGCUAAUCCUGACAACAAAUUGCCGCAAGACCAAAAGGAAUCCAGAGAUUCAACCUUGUUGAUGUUUACCAGGCACAGGGUCUCUUAAGAAACACUCCUUAGUGUCCUAGAGUUGUACCAUUCUUUAGAGACCUUCCCCUGGGUCCUUCUGUUUGUUUUCUUGCCUCUGCCCACAUUUAGACAAACUCACACUGAUGUGAUGCUGCCAACCUCUGAAUAUCGGGUUGUGUAUGUGUUUGCUGUGUGGCAGUGUGUUGAGAGCAUAGGUGAACGUUUUGCCUUUAUAUUCGAUUUUGUGUAAUUACCAUAGAAAUAGCCUCCAUAGAUGCCUCAUUCGGCUGGUUCGGAUACGUGAACAGCAGCGCCAUCUUGGAACGGUCAGAAGAACAGCCUCAGAACGCUGCAUAAACUGCUUUUGUGAAACAGUUCAUCAUGUAAUGAACUGACUGACUGGGUGCUAAUUUCAUUAUGUUUGCCAUGAUAAAUUCAUUUUUAGAGGACUUUAUUUGCAGGUUGCUGGAGGGACUGUUUUAGAAGUGAAGUCAGGAUUAUUUUUUUUUAUAUCAUCUAAAAUAUUGUCCAAUGUUUAUGGAAAAAAAGUUGACUGGAAAAGACAGUAGACUUUUGCAGACUGUAUCUCUCCAUUUACUUUAAUCUCUUGACCUAUCCAAUAUGGCGGACGUAUCGCGGUCCAUAGAAACAGCUGCUAAUUAAGGGUGUAACGAUCCUUUGAUCUGGAUCGAUGCAUGGAUCCAAUAACCAACGAUCCAAUGUUAUCGAUACAAUGCGUAAAUAUCGAUAUAUAUAUAUAUAUAUUUUUUUUUUUUUAAGAUGCACAUUUAUUUUAAUACUCUUAUUUCAGCCACAUCCGUACGCAUAUCCGUUAGGCAAUGAAGCAACAUUAUUACAUUCAUUUCACUUU